AGAAACUCGAAAAGAAGUUUCUGAAGAUGGCUAUCACAAAACAAGUAGAAGAUAUCACCACGACUAAUAUAAAUGAAGAAAUCAAUCUUGAAAGAAAAUCAAAAAAACAACAACAUCGUAAAGAUAAACCAUGGGAUACAGAUGAUAUAGAUCAUUGGAAAAUCGAACCAUUCGAAAUGGAUCCUAUUAAAUUUAAACCGUUUACAGAAGAAAGUAGUUUUGCUACUCUGUUUCCAAAGUAUCGUGAAGUUUAUUUAAGAGAGAUUUGGAGUCAUUUAACUAAAGUUUUAGAAACUCAUGGUGUAGCUUGUGUUUUGGAUUUAGUUGAAGGUUCUAUGACCGUUAAAACUACUAGGAAAACGUGUGAUCCAUUUAUCAUUCUCAAAGCUCGAGAUUUAAUCAAACUCUUAGCACGAAGUGUACCAAUCACACAGGCAGUUAAGAUCCUAGAAGAUGGUGUGGCUUGCGAUGUAGUCAAGAUAGGUAAUAUCAUUCGUAAUAAGGAACGAUUUGUAAAGAGACGGCAAAGGAUUUUAGGUCCUUCUGGUAGUACACUCAAGGCUAUUGAAUUAUUGACCGGUUGUUAUAUCUUGGUACAAGGUACGACAGUCUCAGUGAUGGGACCUUACCGAGGUUUGAAGACCGUUCGAAGGAUCGUCAUUGAUUGUAUGAAAAACAUUCAUCCUGUUUACCAUAUCAAGGAAUUAAUGAUUAAAAGAGAAUUAGCAAAAGAUCCGAAACUGGUUAAUGAGAAUUGGGAUCGGUUUUUACCUAAUUUUAGUCAACGUAAAAAAGCUAAACAAAAAACCACAGCUGAACAUCAAGCCAUUGAAGAAUCAUCUCAUUCUAAUUCUAAUCCGAAUCCUCAAGCUUCUUCUAGUAAAUCUACUGUUCUUCAAACUUCCCAAUCUGAUGCAUUUAAUGAAAGCAUUGCACAACAAAAACAAAAACCCAAGAAAAUCGAAAAGAAAAAGUAUACACCUUUCCCACCACCUCAAUUACCAAGUAAAAUUGAUCAACAAUUAGAAUCAGGAGAAUAUUUUUUAAAAUCAAGAGAAAAGAAGACGAUUUUAGAAACCAAACGUAAAGAAGGACAAGAAGCGAUCAGUAACUUACGUAAGCUUAAUAAACAAACUGUCUUUAAUCCACCGAUGGAAAAAGAAGAAGUUAGGGUCAAUCAAGUUGCACAGAAGAUUGAAGAGAAUCAAGUUAAGAAACGUAAAGCGAUGGAAGAAAAAGAAAAAGAAAAGCAAAGUGGAGGGUCUAAGAAACGGAUGGUCAUGGAUGAAGGUAGAAGGGCAAGGAUGGAGUGA